CAGGAAGUCAAUGUUUCUAUAACCCUAGGUAUUUAAAUACAAGCUCGAAGUUAAAGAUAGCCAUCCACCCAUCACAAAUGAGCACUCUACCAAACCUCCCCAAUUCAACCAAGUCCUAAAAGUCUAUACUCCUAUCUAACUGACUUAAUUCCUCCACGAUGGAGGCUUGAGAAACCUCACUCUGAUGGCCUACUACCGGUUAUAACCACUUCACGAUACGCUAUACCUAUGGAGUGGCUCGGGGACGAGACGCAUAGUGAAGAUGUUGUCAGAGCCGUUAAAAGACAUCAUGGUAUCUUCCGUGCCCAAGCGUUAAGCGAUAUACGACCAUUCAAAAAUCCGGCAUCAGGACCACCAUUUACUUGGCUAUCGCUAUGCCAUUCCCAAGUCUCUCGGGAGCAUUGCCGCGGCUAGUCUGUUUGCCGACUCAAUGUUUUUGCACAACUUACCUGAGGAUUCCUAAUGGGCGACAGAGAAAGGUUCAACGGGUACUUUAGUAAUAGAAUGUUCCAUAUGGGCUGGUUUCUAAGAAGAAAUGAUGAUGAGGAAACACGUGUGGUUACAAUCGAUACGAUGGAAGAAGGCAUGGAUAUAGACGGUCACGAUGAGGCCAUAAUUUGAGAAGAGAGCCCGAUGUGCACGGACGGCCAGUCCGGACUUUGGUGGGUCCAUCGGGUAGAGCUAAAACGGCCCGAGCCGAUAAAACUGACAUCACCGCUGCUUUAACUUUUGUUUGCCUA